AAUGAACUUUAACGAUGAUUAACACAUCGGCUACCAUCGAGCUAUCACCGAACCUUAUACAAGGACAUUCAUCAUGCCCUGUUCAAAUAUCAUCACGUUAGAAAGCCUCAUUCACUUUCUGGAGUUUUAUGGCUUCCGCCGAGAGAUACUCCAAUCUCUGCCAUAGCCGGCCAUAUUGAACUGCUGAAUGUCGUCUGUCUAAUCAUCAAUAGGACAUGCUUGAUACAUUCGACACCUUUCGAAAGUAUCUUCACUUUCAUUGGUUCAACCAUCCGCGCUGUCACUCGGAUCGGAUGAGCCACGGUUGAUAUGAGCGGAAGCAAAGCGUACCGUACUCUGGCCCCGCUGCUGGUCCGAAGUCGCUUUCCUCAACCAAUACAAGAACCUGUCCGUUGCGUUAUCAUCUACCAUUCUCUCUUUGCAUUCCAAAUCUUAACGUUUUGACAACAUUUCAUUACAACCGUCUUAUUCAGUCUUUCUAUGGGUCGUUCUGAACGUACAAUGACUAGUCUUCUUGGACGUCACAUUGACAAUGGUCGACUACGCCUCACACAAAUAUUAGGCUCUGGCUCAAGCGGCGUUGUCUACCUUGCGACCGCAAACUCAUCGAAUGCUCGAUAUGCUGUUAAGUGUAUGACUAAGGCAGAACCGGAAAGUGCUGCGCACACGAUGCAGCAGAGGGAGAUUCAACAUCAUCGACAUGUCUCCUCACAUCCAAAUGUCCUCACCCUACAUCGUGUCGUUGAUGAAGAACCCUACAUAUUCUUGGUCUUGGACUAUUGCCCUGGUGGUGAUUUGUUCAAGUUCAUUUCUGAAGGCGGCACAUUCACCGGGGACGACGCCGAAGUAAAGCGGGUGUUCCUGCAGUUAGUGGAUGCAGUUGAGCAUUGCCACAAGAAUGGCGUCUUUCACCGAGAUAUCAAGCCAGAGAAUAUCCUCUGUAGCGGGGAUCGGUCACAUGUCUAUCUCGGUGACUUCGGACUCUCCACAAUGAGUGCCUACAGUGCCAACUUCUGUGUUGGCAGCUACUCUUACAUGAGCCCAGAAUGUUUACACUUCGACAAACUCUCAGAUCUUUACUCCUGCCGACGAAAUGACAUUUGGGCUCUCGGUGUCAUUCUUACCAGCAUGAUAUCUGGCCGAAACCCUUGGAGGUAUGCUACCGAGGCGGAUGGAUGUUGGCACGCAUUUCAAGAGAAUCCGGAAUUCCUACGAACCAUGCUUCCCAUCUCCGAGGGCGCCAACACCAUCUUACGCUCCAUCUUUACUACUACCGAACGUGAUCGAAUAUCGCUGGCCGCCCUUCGACAAAGAAUAAUGCAUUUGGACACGUUCUUCAUGUCAGCGGGAGAGAUAUCUCGAGCGGGCCACCAAGUCCGAACUGUCGCGGCGUCGUACUUUCGCGCCGGUUCACCUCACCUAGCUUUUCGAGGGUCAAGUAGCUCUUACGGAGAGGAAUUGACCCCUCGAGAUGAGCGACGUCGAUUGCACUUUGGGUCGGCACAAAAGGAGGAGGCAGCGGCCAGUGGGGGCACCGGCAGUUCUUCGGAAGUGCAAUAUAACCCUCGCUCGCAUCCGACGAAUCCCAUAAACGCCGAAGAGCUAUCAAAUCCAGAUAGCCAAGGUCCGCGUACUCCUACUCCUGUAGAGACACCAACGCGACGGUUGGACAGGUGCAUACCCGGUGUGGGUGCGUGUUGCGGCAGGUCUUCACCAGAUUUCUCUCCCAUGACCAAAAAUGUGGACGGACGGACUUCUUAUCCCACACGAAUGUUUAAGUUUAAGCGUAUCGUAGCGCAAUUAUUUGAUUAGAUCGGUGUCAGACGAACAUUUUGAAUCUAUCACUACAUCGUUUACUUUUAUUGAUAUGUAAAUGCCGAAAAACCAGGGAAGUUGCUGAAAGAUAUAAUUG